AAAGAAAAAGAAUAAACUACAUAUGUAUAUAUAUUUUUUAUAGCUUUCCUUAAUCCUUAAUCACUCGUGACUCGCAACAAUUGGCAGGUGAUCGUAGCGCCUUCCGCUUAAAGCUGUCCAUCUGUACGGUAUCCUUCUUUAUAUAUCUCUUAACUCAAACCUUUUCUGUCUACUUGCUCUCCUCUGUUUCUCUUGCUCUGUCUCUCUCUCUCUCUCUCUCCCUGGUUGAAGUUUUUUUUUGAAAAAUAUCUCUAGUUAAAGUUCGUUUGUUCUGUCUGUAUCAAUCCAAAGAUAUUUCUCUGUUCUUCUAGACAAAGAUUCAUCAACAUGGAAUCUACUGAACUGCAAGACAUAGAUUUCUUUAGUUCCUUUUCUGACCACACAAGCCCAACUUUCUUCACUCCAACCACAAGCUCCCUCCGAUCCGACUCCGUAUCCGAAGACCCGGAUUCACCAAAGCCACAGAACGAAGAAGAAGACGAGUACGUCGAAGAGUUGACUCGUCAGAUGACUAACUAUAUGCUUCAAGAUGACGAAAAGCAUCAAAAGUCUUGUAGUGGUGGUAGUGGCUCUGGCUCUGGCUCUGGGUCGCCGCAAUCUACUCUUUGGUCACCUUUCGCCUCCGGUUACAGCAGCCCUAUCGGUCCUUCCAGAGAACCAUCGCCACCGCUAACUCCGGUGACGGCGGUGGAGACGCAACCCGUUAUGAUUCCUUUUCAAUCAAAACAAGCUUUAAUCGAUGACCAGAUCCGAUCUAUUCAAGCUAACUUCCAUAAGAUCAAAAAGGAGAAAGAUAAGCAACGUAAAGAUGACGUGUUAGGACACAAAGCAAGGAGCUACCACCAACAACAGAGACCAAGGUCGGGAGUGAAGGCGGUGUUCGUUGACGGGUCAGGUUCGAAAACCGGGUCGGGUGGAACUGGAGUGUUCUUACCGCGUAGUCAUGGUACUGUCGUGGAGACACGCAAGAAAACAGGAUGUUCAACAGUAAUAAUACCAGCAAGAGUAAUUGAAGCCUUGAAAGUUCACUUUGAAAAAUUGGGCGUUCCUUCUACAUUCUCUUCUGAUAUCCCUCCUUUUCAUGAUGCUUUGUUGGUGUCCAUGAAGAACAAAAACAACAAAAGUAGUUCAUCAACUCGGGGUCAAAGUGGAGCACCGUACAUGGCGGAGACGUCGGCAGAGACCCACCAAGAACCACCGGCGGAUUUGCCACAUGAAUGGACGUACUGAUCAAAACAUUAGCACAUGCCCUUGGUUGCUGAAGUUACAGGUUUCCAAAAGGUAAUGUCUUAUCGGAUUGAAUAUUCUAUAGUGGGGUCAAAAUAUAAAAUAAAUAAACAGCUUUAAAUAAUCAUUGUUUUUGGAAAUAUGUAGAUUUUAAUCGGGGGUAAAUUUGUUCUUUUAUUAUUGGUAGUUCUAUUAGCUGGUUCAGGUAAAAUAAAUAGUUCUUAUGAUAAAAGAACGAUAAAUAUGCAUAUGUAUGUUUAUACAUGUCUAUUUGUAAUAAAAGGGAUGUGUUGUUUUUGUAGGAUUCCUUGUAAUAAAAGCAUCGCCAGUGUUAUAAAAAUAAAAUUGAUUUUA